CUGAUGGAGCGCGCGCUGAGCAGGUGUAGGUGCAUACAGGUGUAGUGACGCGGACAGAGAGCUGGUUCACCUGACCAGGUGAACGGCACUAGGCUGGAUCCUCUGACUCCCGAAGGAGAUUCCUCACCUGGAAAGAUGUUCGUGAGUUACCUGCAGCUGGACAAGGAUCCCGCCAUGUACCCGCACCAGAACCCAGUCACCCGGCACCCGAGCCUCAGCCUCAGCCCGCAGAACUUCCCGGUACCGGGCCCGCCGCAAUACUCAGACUUCCCCGCCUACCACCACCAUCCCGGGCUGAGCGUCGAGCCGCACCAGGGCCAGCAGACCGGACCUGGACCCGGCGGCUGGAGCCCGGUUUACCCGCCGCCCCCUCCGCCCACACGGGACGACUGGUCCUCCCAUCCCUACGGGACCGGGGGAGCGCCUACGGGGCCCGGGAUCAGCGGGGGCCCCAUACCCUUCAGCCCGCAGGAGUUCCCCGGACAGCCGGUCGGCCUACCAGGACCGCUUUCUCCUGGAUCACCGCGGAGGAGGAAUCCGUACGACUGGAUCCGAACCUCGGUUCCGCCCAGCAACCCCAAUGGAAAGACGAGGACCAAAGACAAAUACCGCGUGGUUUACACCGACCACCAACGUCUGGAGCUGGAGAAGGAGUUCCACUACAGUAAAUACAUCACCAUCCGCAGAAAGGCGGAGCUCGCUUCGGCGCUCAGUCUGUCAGAGAGACAGGUGAAGAUCUGGUUCCAGAACAGAAGAGCAAAGGAGCGAAAAAUCAACAAGAAGAAACUCCAGCAGCCGGCCUCCUCUACGACCACGCCCCCCACCAGCAGCACCGGUGGACCCCACGGCAACAGCAGCAGCAGCAUCGCCAUGGUGACCAGCAGCAGCGGGAACAACGGCCUGGUUUCUCCGUCUUUAGCUUUGAACAUCAAAGAAGAGUACUGAGGAGGGCUGGAGGCCGGGUCGGGGCCGGGCACCACCAAGUCCUUCUGCCUGCUCAGGAAUUUCAAAGUAAAACAGUAAUGAACUCUGCCGGGAACUUCAGACUUUUAAUGUGAAAUCAGGCUGCUUGAGGGAGGUCCAGUUGGAUGACAAAACAAUCAAAUCAACUCCCAGUCCCAUCUGAAAUAAUUCAUCUGCGUGGUUCUUCUCCACAACCAGAGGUUCUCCUCAGGCACCUUCUGACCUGUUCCAGGGUGGCCAGCCGUGAGGUCGGUGACAUCAAUGGUCGUGUCGUCUCCAGGACAGCUUUCAUGUUUGAACUGGGAGGGCCUGUGGAGAACUGGUGACGUCCCAACCAUCAGGACUUGUUCCAGAGAGCUGCGUAGAAACUAAGACGUGCUGUUGUGGCUUUACUGAUUGUCCACAAGCUGUAGAACUCCUUCCUGUUCUCAUUCUCCUGCUUUAGACGUUAGAAGCAUUUUCGUGUCCCCGAGGAGUCCAACCUGAUGAGUGGGAUGCUCCGAUCCCUCGAGGGGACUUUCUACCAUAUUUAUUAGAAAUAAUCAAACAGGUGUGAGCACACCUGGACUGUCCCGCUUCCUCCACAACGAUGCAACCAGCUGGAGAUGUAGCCGAGGUUCCAGGGAGGAGAGGACCCUCCAACAUUUGCUUUCAUGUUUCUUCAGUAUGAACAAACUGAUCAAAUGAAUUUGCUCCUAAAUCAGCUGAUGUAACCUGGUUACUUCAUAAAACUUUAACACAAAGUGUUUAUUUUGUUCCUUCGCUAACGCCAUGACCAGGUGGACCUGGACAAACGUUGUGUAGAAGUUUCUGAUCUGAAGACACCUGAUGGUGCGUGCGUCUCUGGUCUCGUUUGUAUUGAAACAACUCCAUCGGAGGGUUUUAGACUCGUGUUGCAGUACUGGUACACACCCGUCAGACCACAACCCUCAUGCCUCCAGCCGGGACUCAAACGCCGGACCUUCAGCCUCCAGCAGAUGAAUCUUGGCUUUAUUGAGGAUUUAUUGUUUUAUGCUGAUGAGCCUGCAGUAAAAUCACAUAAAAGCCACAAUAAUCCUCAGAUUCACUUUUAUUUUCAAGUGUUUUAUUGAUGUUUGAUUUUCUGCUUCGGCAGCUUCUGUUUCAGAAAAGUUUAAAUCAGUUUCAGACAUGAACAAUGGAUGACCGAUCAGUCAGCUGUUAUUGUGGCUAGAUGAAGGAAUCCGAGUUAGAACAAGGUCUGCACCCUCAGAACCACAUCCCUGGUGGAGAACAUCAGACGUUCGGAGCUUCUAACCAAGAGAUCAGAAGACGAGACGGGUGCGUUUAGGGAGAACGUCGCUCUGCAGCGAGCUGGUUAACGACAUCAGAAAGAAAAUAAAACAGGAAACAUCCUGAAAAGAAAUCAGCCAGAAUAAAGAAGGAACAGGAAGGAGGUCACAUGACCUUUGAGCCUGGUUCCUGUCACCUGUCGACAGGUGAACCAUUAACCUGUGGACAACCAUAAAACUCCACUUUAUGGAGGGAUGAUGAGGGCAGGUUGUAAAUGAUGAAGAUGGGGUUCUGAGCAGGAUGAAUGAGUCACAAGAAGAUUUUCAGAGUAAAAGUCUGAUUCAGAGGCAGGAGCGUGUCCAGACAACUUGGAUGGGGCCAAAUACAUUUUUGGGGUGUUACACCAAAUGGGUCCUCGCGGUAACUCUGGGAGCGUUCAGCCUGUGGCGAUGCUCUGCAUUGUUGCUUUUAUUAAACAUUAAACCGUAUGUAUCCAAAACAUUUCACUCCAUUUUACAAACAUCUAAAAAAUAUUCAAGUAAUUUAAAUGUUAUUUAAAAUACUUUUCAGUUUAAUUCAGCCGUUGCUGUGUUCACGAACAGCCGUGGAGAUAAACUUUGUAAUGGUGAGCAGCAGAAACACGCGUUGUUUUAUUGUGAUCACUUCUUUACUGGGUGUUGUUUUUAUUGUGUUGUACAUUCAUGUCGUGAAUAAAUAAGAUACAUUUAUGGUUUGAGCCAA